AAGUGGCGAUAAAGAGGCUUUCAUGCUGUUCCGAGCAAGGUUCAGAGGAAUUCACAACUGAGGUUCAACUGAUAAUGAAUCUUCAACAAAAAAAUCUUGUCAGGCUUUUGGGUUAUUGCGUAGAUGGAGAGGAAAAGCUUCUUGUAUAUGAAUACAUGCCAAAUAGCAGUCUAGAUGUCAUUCUUUUUGAUUCAAUGAAACGUGCACAACUUGAUUGGACCAGACGUAUAAACAUUAUAACUGGAAUUGCAAGGGGAAUUAUCUAUUUGCACGAGGACUCUCGACUUAGAAUCAUCCACAGAGACUUGAAAGCUAGCAAUGUAUUACUGGACAAUGAGAUGAACCCAAAGAUCUCAGAUUUUGGCAUGGCCAGGAUCUUUGCAGGAAGUGAAGGACAAGCUAAUACUGCUAUAAUAGUUGGGACUUAUGGAUACAUGGCUCCUGAAUAUGCAAUGGAGGGAUUAUAUUCUUUCAAGUCUGAUGUCUUUAGCUUCGGAGUACGUACUCCUUCUUGAGAUAAUAACUGGGAGAAAGAACGCCAAGUGUGCUAGCCUC